CCUAAAAAUAGCGUGAUCGCCAAUCAACACUCGAACCUGAUUUCUCCUCAGCUGUCGUACAAUUAUGACCUACAGUCAUUAUAAAAGUGAUAUGUGUUGUUUUUUUUUUGUUUAGAGAUCUGUCAGCAUGUUCAUAAAUAUUUUAGAAUGAGGUACUAUUUUUGUUUUACGUGAUAAAACCUAUGAUUUAUAAAAAUUUAUGAAUCAAAGUGUUAUUCCGAGUAAUAUUAUUCUAGCUUCCACCUAUCACGGAUAUCGAUUUGAAAAAAUUCAUUUUUUAUUUAGUGUCUAAAGAAAAGUUUUAUUAGACUUUUAAGUCUGUCUAUUUUCAAGUUCAUCUAUCAAUUCGACGUCAAGACAAUUCGUUGGCAACUUUAGUCGUACGACAUUUCUUACAGAGUAGAGACUUUUCUUGUUGAUUGACUUACCCUCUUACUUCAGAAUUUAUUGGAAAAAAAUCCUGAUAUAAACAUGGCUGACGACGAUAUUGUUCUUACGGAGUACUUCAAAGAAGUAAGAGUGAUUGACGAAGCAACGGAAAAAUUAGACAUCAUCAAAGAAUUGGUAGAGAACAAAGAUGACGAUGAUCCUUUUUAUAUUUGUGACAUUGGCGAUAUUGUGCAGAAGUACGAAAAUUUGGUUUUAAAAAUGCCAAGAGUUGUGCCAUUCUACGCUGUGAAAUGUAAUCCUGACCCUACUGUAUUAAAGGCAAUGGCUGCUAUGAAUGCUUCUUACGAUUGCGCGUCUCAGCGCGAGAUUGCUUCUGUAAUGGAGAAUGGAGUAACGGGUGACCAAAUAAUUUUUGCAAACACUGCAAAAAUGAAUUCGCAUAUGAUAUUUGCCAAAAGGGUAGGGGUGGAAAUGCUCACCGUAGACGGUGAGCCGGAAUUACAUAAAAUAAAAAGUGUUUUCCCCGAAGCUAAGAUCGUCAUUCGAUUUCGCUGUGACUCUGCAUCUUCCGGCGCAACUUUCAGUAAGAAAUUCGGAUGCGACGCCGUCGAUGAUGCGCCAAAAUUAGUGAAACUAUCUAAGGAAAUGGGGCUGAAUAUCCACGGUUUUUGUUUUCACGUAGGGACUCAGAGUGCCGAUCCGGAUGCUUUUGCUCGCGGUAUAAAAAUCUGCGUAGGAUUGAUCGAGUAUUCGAGAUCUUUGGGUUUUAAAGAUGCCAAUCUUAUCGACAUUGGCGGCGGAUUCCCCGAUGAGGAUGGGCUGGUAUCAAUCGACAAGUUCGCCGAGGUGAUAAACAAAGCUCUGGAAAAUGUAGAUCCGUCGAUCAAAGUGAUCAGUGAGCCUGGGAGGUAUGUUGUUACGUCAGCGAUUACGCUUGCUACUUUUAUUCUUGGAAAAAACAUUGCGGUUGACGAGGAAAAUGAAACUAGAUAUACGUAUUACAUAAAUGACGGUCUUUUCAAUUCAUUCAUGACAAAGAUGAUGCAAAUACAAGAGUUCUUACCAAUUCCGAUGACACUCUUUCGUGAGUCCUCCACCGGUGAUGCAAAAUGCAGCACAAUUUACGGUCAAACUGCAACGAAGGGUGAUUGCGUUGUAGAGGAUUGUCUUUUGCCCGAAUUAAACGUUGGCGAAAUGUUGAUCUGGCCGAAGAAAGGCGCUUACGCUCUUGCUGGCGUACGCAAGGUUUUCAAUAUUCCUCGGCCCAUUGUAUUCCAUUACGCCAAGAAGAGCUUUUGGGCUCAACACAAAAGCGUUUUUCAGUAUAAUCUCAAAAAAAAGAUGAUCGAGUGUUGAGUACGAUGUUGAAUAUCCUGCAAAGAGUGUCGUGUUGUUUGGAUAAUUAUAAUGUAAUCAUACAACACAAUCACCGUACCCAUAUGCUCACCAUUUUUUUGUUCUUGAAAUAAUUAAGGUCGUUUUUUCGUUCCGGCGAUU